AGUCUUAAUAUACAGCUAUAAGACAAAAGUAAUUUCUGCUAAAGCACAUAGUUAGAAUACCAGACCUGUUUAGAUUAUUAUCUAGCAUUGAAGAGGUAAAAUAAAUCUCUUAGCACAUAUUAAUUUUAGAGACUUUUAAAAAUGGAGAUUGGCUUAGCAGUUGGUAGUGCAUUUAUCUCUUCAGGCCUUUCAGUUCUCUUUGAUAGGCUUGCUCCUCAGGGUGAGCUGCUCAAGAUGUUUCAGAGGGAAAAGCAUGAUUUUCGGCUAUUUAAGAAGCUGAGGAUGACUUUGCUUGGUCUUCAAGUUGUGCUAAGAGAUGCAGAGAACAAGCAGGCAUCAAAUUCGUACGUGAGCCAGUGGCUUAAUGAGCUUCAGGAUGCUGUGGACAAUGCUGAAAACUUAAUGGAAGAAAUCAAUUAUGAAGUUUUGAGACUUAAAGUGGAAGGUCAGCACAAUAUUGAAAAAAUAAGCAACCAACAGGUAAGUGACUUGAACUUGUGCUUGAGUGAUGAAUUUUAAGUUAACAUAAAAGAGAAAUUGGAAGACACCGUUGAAACGUUGGAGGAGUUGGAAAAACAAAUUGGUCGCCUUGACCUCAAAGCCUAUAUUGAUUCGGCUAAGCAAAGAAGUAUUAGACAAGAAACUUCUGUAGUUGAUGACUCUGAUAUCUUUGGUAGGCAAAAUGAAAUAGAGGAAUUGGUUGACCGUUUAUUGUCUAUUGAUGCAAAUGGGCAAAAUUUGGCUGUAAUUCCUAUUGUUGGAAUGGCUGGGAUUGGCAAAACAACUCUUGCUAAAGUUGUUUACAAUGAUGAGAAGGUGAAAGACCAUUUCGAUUUGAAAGCUUGGUUUUGUGUGUCUGAACCAUAUGAUGCUUCUAGAAUAACAAAAGGGUUACUUCAAGAAAUUGGAUCAUUUGACUCUAUGGUUGGUGAGUAUCUUAAUCAGCUUCAGAUCAAACUGAAGGAAAGCUUAAAAGGGAAAAAGUUUCUUAUUGUUUUAGAUGAUAUUUGGAAUAACAAAUACAUCGAGUGGGAUGACUUGAGAAAUCCUUUUGCACAAGGAGAAAUUGGAACUAAGAUCAUUGUGACGACACGUAAGGAGAGUGUUGCCUUGAUGAUGGGUAGUGGGGUUAUUAACGUGGGGACUCUAUCUAAUGAAGUCUCUUGGGAUUUAUUCAAACGACAUUCAUUAGAAAACAGGGAUCUCGAGGAACAUCCAAAACUUGAAGAGGUUGGUAAACAAAUUGCCACCAAGUGCAAAGGAUUGCCUUUAGCUCUGAAGGCACUUGCAGGUAUGUUACGCUCCAAAUCAGAGGUAGAAGAAUGGAGAGACAUUCUAAGAAGUGAAAUAUGGGAGCUGCCAAGUCGUUCGAAUGACAUCUUACCAGCAUUGAUGUUGAGCUACAAUGAUCUUCCUGUACAUUUAAAGCGAUGCUUUGCCUAUUGUGCAAUAUUUCCCAAAGAUCAUCUAUUUUGCAAAGAACAAGUUAUUAAUCUGUGGAUUGCUAAUGGUCUUGUACAGUGGUUACAGAAAGAUGAAUCAAUUGAAGAGUCAGGAAACCAAUACUUUCUCGAGUUGAGAUCAAGAUCAUUGUUCGAAAGGGUCCCUACGUCUUUUCCAACGGGGACUGAGAUGUUCUUAAUGCAUGACCUUGUCAAUGAUCUGGCCCAAAUUGCAUGUUCAAAUCUUUGCUUCAGGUUGGAAAACAACGAAGGAUCUCAUAUAUUGGAACAAACUCGACACUUAUCAUAUUCAAUGAGCUUUGGAGAAUUUGAGAAAUUGAAAUCCCUGUGCAAAUUGGAGCAAUUGAGGACAUUGCUUCCCAUAAGCAUGAAUCGCUUUUUUCCCAUUUACGACCUAAGUAAUAGGGUGUUGCAUAAGAUAUUGCCAAGAUUAACAUCAUUAAGGGCACUAUCAUUAUCUGGUUAUAACAUUAAGGAGUUGCCCAAUGCCUUGUUUAUCAAAUUAAAACUCCUAAGAUUUUUGGACCUUUCUUGGACAGCGAUAAACAAGUUUAACUUGGAGACACUUCUCUUAUCAUAUUGCCUUAAUCUUGAGGAGCUCAACCACAUGGAAAAGUUGAGCAACUUGCGUCACCUUGAUAUUAGCAACAUUCCUCGCUUGAAGAUGCCGCUAUAUCUAAGCAAGUUGAAAAGCCUUCAUGUGCUAGUGGGAGCUAAAUUUCUUCUAGGUGAUUGCAGCGGUUCAAGAAUCGGAGAUCUGGAUCAACUACAUAACUUAUAUGGAUCUCUAUCAAUUCUAGAGUUGCAAAAUGUGGUUGAUAGAAGGGAAGUUGUGAAGGCAAACAUGAGAGAAAAAAAUCACGUUGAACAGUUAUCAUUGAAGUGGAGCGAAAGUAUUGCUGAGAACUCACAAAAUGAGAGAGACAUACUUGAUGAGUUACAACCAAAUACAAACAUAAAAAUACUCCGAACCACGGGAUACAGAGGGACAAAAUUUCCAGAUUGGCUAGCUGCUCAUUCGUUUCUUAAGCUGGUAGAAAUGUAUCUUAGCAACUGCAUGGAUUGUGAUUCCUUGCCAGCACUAGGACAACUUCCUUCUUUGAAUGCCCUUGCCAUCAGAGGGAUGCAUCGAAUAACUGAGGUGACUGAAGAAUUCUAUGGUGGUUUGUCUUCCAAAAAGCCAUUUAACUCUCUUAAGUCGCUUGAAUUUGCAAAUAUGCUGGAGUGGAAGCAGUGGCAUAUACUAGGGAAUGGAGAGUUCCCAACACUUAAGAGACUUACAAUUAAAGGUUGCCCCAAGUUGAUUGGGAAGUUGCCUGAAAAUCUUUGUUCUUUGACAGUAUUGAUAAUUUCAAAAUGUCCUCGACUCAUUUUGGAGACACCUAUCCAACUUUUAAGUUUAGAUUGGCUUCAAGUUGUUGGUUCUCCUAAUCUUGGAAUUCUUUUUGAUGAUGCUCAAAUGUUUACAUCCCAAAUUCAGGGAAUGAAGCAGAUAGCUUCACUAAAUAUUGAUGAUUGCCACUCUAUUACCUCUAUACGUAUUAGCAGUCUUCCAAAUACCAACAGAUUCAGAAUUAAACGUUGUCAUCUCCUUGCACGGCUUUUGAUUCCCACUGGGAUCGAAGAUCUGAAAAUUGAUGAAUGUGAGAAUCUUGAAACAAUUUCAGCUAUAUGCACGAUUCAGAUGACCUCGUUGUGUUAUUUGUUUAUUUACAAAUGCCAAAAGCUGAAAUCAUUGCCAGAACGUAUGCAGGAACUCCUUCCAUCUCUUAAACGUCUCUCCCUGCGUUAUUGUCCAGAAAUUGAGUCCUUUCCUGAAGGAGGACUACCCUUCAAUUUAGAAGUCCUUCUGAUCGAGUAUUGCAAGAAACUGGUGAAUGGCCAAAAGGAGUGGGUUUUACAGAUACUCCGCCGUCUCACAGAUUUAACCAUCAUUCAUGAUGGUAGUGACGAAGAGAUUCUUGCUGAUGAAAAUUGGGAAUUUCCUUUCUCCAUUCGACGUUUUGAAGUAAAUAAUCUGAAAACCUUAAGCAGCCAAGUUCUCAAAAGCCUCACUUCUCUGAAACGUCUAUCUAUUCGUAAUUCACCUCAAGUUUGGUCACUACUCGAAGAAGGUAUUCCCUCGUCGCUCACUUCACUUCGAAGUCUAGAUAUCGGGUACUGCGAUCAGCUCCAAUCUAUUCCAGAAUCAGCAAUUCCUGAUGAUGUCCAUCUCAUUGAAGAA